CAUCUGCUGGAUCCUGGCUUUGUCCGAAUAUGUCAGCGGUCUGUCUUUUCAGUUUGUCCAGCAUGUCGCAGGCUGGACGCUUAGUGAAAGGCUAUCUUUAAGCAGGAGCUGGCUGCAGGGGCGUGUUUAAAGAACGUAUCUCACUCCAGUUUGAAUUUUGCAAAUUUUCACAUUUAAGUAAGAAAAAAAGUCUUUUUUUUCCCCUUUAAAGUUAUACGUGAUGGUUUACAAAAUGUGUCUCGGUGUCCUUUUUUUCAGCAGUCAUUCUCCACCCCUCUACACACACACGGACACCGAGGCAGGCAAAACUGUGGUUUAUGCGUUUGUUGAACCCUGGGAAGCUGCACUGAUUCUUUCUCUCUACGAAGUUUUUCAUAUGACUGUGUUCCUGUGACAUUGUUCUAACCUGCCCUCCCAGUUCUGACUGGAGGGUUCAAGAGACACUUUCACUUUCCUGCUGCACUUGUGUGUGCCCAUCCUGCAGUCUGUGUCUAGCUCAGUGUGGUGCGAAAAAUAAUAAUCGGUUUAAAUAGCAGCAGGGGUGGGCUUCCUUCAGUCGUGUGCAUUAUAAAUAGCACUGGUUGCACAUGGUUUUGAACAUCGUCGGAGAGUUUUUUUUUCUCCUGCAUUUUUCAAAUCUAGGCACGCACUCGGGGAGAUGAAUGCUUUUCCAGUGCUUUACCCGACACUAAACCGUUCCAGUCACUCAGCAUUUUUUCAAAGGCUUUGUUCUGGCUUUAAAAGAGAAACCUCUCUUUUCUUAUUUGCUCUGCUUUAUCUCUUGACAGGCAUCAGUACUGUCAGCUAUUUUGAUUGACACCUCCCCGUGUUUAAAGCCUGCUUUACAUAUGGCUUAUAGACAGCUUCUUUUUCAAUCAUUGUAAUUAGAGCCUGUUUUAUCAUAUUUAAUAUUUUUCUUUGGUAUUGUUAUCUCAGAAUACUUUUAUUUCUGCAUUUGUUUGUGUAAUUCAUGCAUGCAUUUCUUAUUAGUGAACAAAUCCAUUUAAGUGAAAUAAUGAUCUGUGUUUCAUGCAGGGACUGUGCUGGAAUAUUUGGUGAAUAUGUAAGCAAUUCUUUUAGUCUAGAAUGGAAGAAGAUGAAACUAUAGUUUUGAUACUGUUCACUGUUGUCAAGCGGGUUAGCAGAUGAAGUUAAUGAAUUUCCUGUGCUGAGAUUUAUAAAUCGAAAGCUUUAUGUUUUUUUCUAUGGCAUUUUUAACUUUUAAAAAGCAAGUCAAGGCUUCUGGAUUUGGUAAGUAGAUUGGCAGGUGUGUGUUUCUGUUCACAUUGGUACAACAACAUGAGAUUUCUUUAUGACAUUUAAAGAUGCACAAAGCUAUCCAGAGGUAAUCCUGUAGAAAAGAACUAUUAGAGAGAUAAAUAAUGAAGUCAGAUGUGUACAUAUUGUAUUACAUCGGAUGAAGGCUGUCGCUGAAAGGUGAAGCCUUUAUUUGAAAAUGGAAACACUUCUCUAAAAAUCUGCCUCAUUUGUAGUGGUAUGAAAUGGUCAUACAUUUUCAAAGAGUUUAUUGGUGGCAAGAUGCGCUUGUUUUAGGAAUGCCAAAGCUGUUGUAAACACCCCGAAAUCUAUCCAGUCUGCCCUGGAAUGUGACUUUAUCACGGAUCACAAUGAUUUCCUUUCAGGUACCUAACCGGAGCGGUGGGACACAUGCCUCUGUCCGUUGCCGAGAGAAGAAGCAGGAGACACAAGACGAGAACCAUUUGAUGGAAGAAAAGAAAAAGAAAAGGCAAGAAGAAAAGAAAAAGAGGGACGCUGCUCAGAAAAAGGCUGCUGAACAGAAAACCAAAGUGCCAGAAUCUGCCAAGCCCAGCUCCAGCGCCCCCCACCCUGCCAACCCCAGCGCGACUCCGUCCGUGCCCGCGGUGAGCACCAGUGGCAAUGGCAAGAGAGCUCCUCCCAGUGUCCAGCAGCAGCAGCAGCAGCAGCCGGCCGCCCUGCGCUACCCUCCCCGCGAGGUGCCCCCCCGUUUCCGCCAGCACGAGCACAAGCAGCUACUAAAGCGGGGACAGCCGCUGCCCGCGGGGACCCUCCCCCUCGGCACGGGCCCGCCGGGGGCCGACUCGCCACUGCACACCGCCGGCAAACAGCACGCAGAGCUGCCCCACCAGAGCGGCCUGGGAGCCCAGUAUGAGAAUCCCCACUGGGGACCCCAGCCCACCAGUCGGAGCGAAGCCAACAGCAGCAGCUGGGAUCAAGUGAUCAUCGACGAGCGUGACACCGAGGCGUGGCCUUCCAUUUCCCGCGGCGACAGCCACGCCCCCCCAGAAUGCACCACGGACACUGACUGUGCCAAAGAGAUUAGCAGCAGUAGCAGUAGUAGCAGCAUGAGCAUGGCCACGGGGGGCGGGCAGCAAGGCCACUUCCCCGCCCACCACCCCAGCAGCAAAACCAGCGCCAACCACUCGGGAAACAUGGUUUCUGGCCAGGGCGGGGCCAGCCGCGGCUGGGGCUCUGGGCCCGCCCACUGCCCCUCCACCAUUGGAGGAGAGGGGAAGACGGACAACCUGCCAGUGGGAGGGAGGGGCCAGCCCUGCUGGGGCUCCUCCAACUUUAACUUGAACCUAAACCCGAAUGCCAACCCUGCUGCCUGGCCUGUGCUAGGGCAUGAAGGCAACGGCAUGGGGGGCGGUGGGCUGGGAGGUAAUAACCCUCCUCCUGCCCCCAACCUCUGCAGCCCAGCAGGAGCUCCACCGGUUCAGGGCAACAGUGGCGGUGGCAAUAUGGGCAGCGCCAAUGGAAACCUUGCAGGGGGUAACGGCAGCAAUGCCUGGGGGAGUCUUCUCCCUCCUGACGCUACAGAGCCUCGCUCCUCCCCGUCCACGAAUGUGUCUUUCAGCGUCGAACCUCAGAACCUUAACACUGAUGGACCAAAUAACACUAAACAGGAGCCUCUCAGCCCCAUCCACGGCCUGCCCAGCUGGGGGACUGUACCCGUGGGCAUGGGGUCGCUUGUUCAGCCUCCCACUGGAGCCUCACAGGUCAAUGGAGAGGGGGGUUCAGUGUGGGGCAAUGGCGAUGCCAAGUCAGCUGGCUCUAAGGAUUCUGGUUGGGAUUCGGGGCCAACGAGCGGCCCCGGCCUGCUCUCUGCUUGGGGCCGUUCCGGGAAUGGAGGAGGAGGAGGAGGAGGAGCUGGGGGCACUGGUGCCUGGGGACGAUCAGCUGGCGGCGACUGGGGCAAGCAUUCCAGCGAGGCCAAAGGGUGGGAGUCGACCGGCACCCCCCCACAGGAGCAGCUCAGCUCCUGGACUCGCACGGCCAACGCCCCCGCCAGCGAGGGCAGCAACGACAGCCUUGAGGGCCGGUCCCGCCGGAGGGAGAGGUCGUCCAGCGAGCAAGAGCCGGCCCCUCCCCUGCCCAGGCAAGACCUGGAUCCCCGCGUGCUGUGCAACACCGGCUGGGGCCAGACCCCGGUUCGGCAGCACACGGUGUGGGAGACCGAGGAACCGCCGCGGCCCGACCGCAAGAACGACAACGGGACCGAAGCCUGGGGCUCAUCCUCCGCUGCGUCCUCCUCGGCUGGACCCCAGCUGGCCAGCGGAGGCGCCAACGCAAACCCCGGCGCUGCUCAGAUGUCGAACUCGGCCGGGAAGGGCGAAGGGUCCAGUUCCAGUUCCUCGGCCGCUUCGGGCUGGGGGAACCCUUCCCCGGUGCUCGUCACGCCCGCCCCCGGUCCACCCAGCUCCGGCUGGGGCGAGCAGCCCGGCAGCAAGAAAGCACCCAACGGCUCUGGGGGCUGGGGAGACCCCUCGCCCAGCGGCCCCAGUGCCAACCCCCCCAAGGGCGGGCUGUCCUGGGGUCCCGAGGAGAAAUCCCCCAGCUGGGACGACCCCCCCGCCAAGGUCAAACCCCACAGCUGGGGCGAGGGGCCCAAGCCUUCCCACGGCUGGGGGGGCGGGGCUCCUAGCGGUAACGGGGGCGCAGGGGACUGGGGGGAGACCGGGGAGGGCAAGAAGAACGGCCCGACUGCCACCCCCUGGGAGGGGGAAGGCGGCUGGAAGGAAGGCCCACGGGGGUGGGGGAAGCCGGGGGCGAGCUGGGGGGAGACGCAGCGCAACAGCGCCCCCGUGCAGGGGUGGGGUGGCAAGCCCCAAGACGGCCCGGGCGGCGGCAGCAUGGCCGGGGGGGGCGUGGGGUCUUGGGGGGGCGCGGGCUCUGUCAAGCAGAGCGGCUCGGGCUGGGGCGGGGGCGCGAAGCCCGAGGCGGGAGGGGAGCCUACCGGCUGGGAGGAGCCCUCCCCUCCCUCCAUCCGCCGCAAGAUGGAGAUCGACGACGGUACCUCGGCUUGGGGCGACCCGAGCGCUUGCAACAAGGCUGUCAACAUGUGGGACAGGAACAACCCCGUGAUCCAGAGCAACCCCGCUCCCAGCAACAACAACAGCAGCAGCAGCAGCAGCAACAGCAACAACAACAACCCCCCUGCCCCCAGCAACAACAACAACAACCACCACCACCACCACCACCACCACCACCCCCCGCACCACGGGGGCACCCCGGGCCAGAACCACAGCCACAGCCACACCGCCGCCAACAACGCCAACAACAACAGCACGCCCGAGACGGCAGCGCCUCACCAAGCAGGUGCCCCGCAGGGCCGGCCUCCCCUCGCUGGGCCAGGCUGGGGAGAGCUGCCCAGCGUCCACUCCAAGUCCGAGCCCUCGUGGGGCGAGCCGGCCUCUGCUUCCCCGGCAGUGGACAACGGGACCUCGGCCUGGGGCAAGCCCCCGAGUGGCUGUGGGGGCUGGGGAGACACCUCCCCUGAUCCUGCAGGGCACUACAGCAGGGGCAGCGUCCCCCCCGGAUCAGCCCCCUGCAAGCCAGCCUCCAAAUCUAUGCAAGACGGUUGGGGAGGCAGCGCGGACGAGCUGAGCCUGUCUGCAGGGCAGUGGGAGCAGGAAGAGGGGGACAUGUGGAACAGCACUGCCUCGCAGGAGAGCAACUCCUCCUGCAGCUCGUGGGGUAAUGCGCCCAAGAAGGGACAGCAGAAGGCCAUGAAGGCACUCAAUAAGCAGGAUGACGUGUGGCUCAUGAGCCGCCUGAUCAAACAGCUCACGGACAUGGGCUUCCCGCGAGAUCCAGCAGAGGAAGCUCUGAAGAGCAGCAACAUGAAUCUGGAUCAGGCAAUGAGCGCUCUGUUGGAAAAGAAGACUGAAUUGGACAAGCGGGGGAUGGGAAUAUCUGAGUACAACAACGGUAUGGUCACCAAACCGCUGGGCUGUCGGCCCCCGACGAUCUCCAAAGAGUCUUCCUCUGACCGGCCCUCCUUCCUGGACAAGGAUGGCAGCCUGGUGGAAGACGCCCCAACCUCACCGUUUUUGCCUUCUCCCAGCCUGAAGCUCCCCCUGUCCAGCAGUGCCCUCCCCAACCAGGCCCUGGGGGGGGUUUCCACGGGGCUGGCCAUGCAAAACUUGAACUCCAACAGACAGGAGAGACUCAAUGAGAUGAGAUCGUUUCGUUUCCAUGAGCGUCCCAGGAAUGCAGCCAACACAGAGGACCUUACAAAGUUACAGCACUCCAUCCAAAUGCAGAGCGGAGUGUUCAGCAGUAGUGGAGCAGCACAAACCAGGGCCAUUCAGCAGCCACAGCCUCCCCUCCAACAGCCAUCAGUGCCACCUCUCAGCUCCUCCCAGCCUAGUCUUCGCGCUCAAGUGCCUCAGUUUCUCUCCCCUCAGGUUCAAGCACAGCUCUUGCAGUUUGCAGCAAAAAACAUUGGUCUGAACCCUGCACUUUUAACCUCGCCAAUGAACCCUCAACACAUGACCCUGUUGAACCAACUCUACCAGCUGCAGCUGGCUUACCAGCGUUUACAAAUCCAGCAGCAGAUGUUGCAGGCCCAGCGUAACGUGUCCGGCCCCAUCAGACAACAAGAGCAGCAAGUUGCACGUACAAUCAAUAACAUGCAGCAGCAAAUCCAACAGCACCAGCGACAGCUGGCCCAGGCCCUGCUUAUGAAGCAGCAGCAGCAGCCUCCUCCUCAUCCUGGCCUGCACCCCGGUGCUGGCAAAUCAGCCCUGGACAGCUUCCCACCCCACCCCCAGGCCCCAGGCCUAGCUGACCUGCAGACCAAAGAGCAGCAGUCUUCUCCCAACUCCUACUCUCCUUACCCCCUCGCUGGGCUGAAUCCAAACAUGAAUGUAAGCAGCAUAGACGUGAGUGGUGGUCUGUCCAUGAAGGACACCUCUCAGUCUCAGUCCCGCCUGCCACAGUGGACGCACCCCAAUUCCAUGGAGAACCUCUCUGGCAACUCCUCGCCGCUGGAGCAAAACCUCAGCAAGCACGGUGCUAUCCCUGCAGGUCCCAGUCUCGGCCCCCCAGGGAAGCCCCCCAUGGAAGACUCCUACAGCCCCUACAAUCUCAUCCCCAGCUCCGAGUCUCCAGCCAGCCCCCUCGUGGCCCCAGACAGCUGGACACAGGGCAAAGCUAGCAAUGACAAAAUCUCCAACGGCACCAACAUCAACUGGCCACCAGAGUUUUGCCCAGGAGUGCCCUGGAAAGGACUGCAAAAUAUUGACCCGGAAACUGAUCCCAAUGUGACUCCAGGAAGUGUUCCCAGUGGCCCUACCAUCAACACCAAUAUCCAGGAUGUGAAUCGUUACCUGCUCAGAGACAGGAGCGGAGGCUCGUCCCCACCACCCUCUCAGAAUGGUGCGCUGCCUUCUGCCGACGCCUGGCCUGUCAGUGCCCACACUAGCUCUUUCAGUUUGUCACCUUCGGCUACUGACUCCGCAGGUAAACUCUCAGACAUGAAGUCCACUUGGUCGCCAGGCCCCAUCUCCCACACCCAGGCCUCCCUGUCGCAUGAGCUGUGGAAAGUGCCGCAGGGCCCCCGAAACACUACAGCCCCCACCCGGCCCCCGCCCGGCCUGACCAACACCAAGCUGUCCUCCACCUGGAGUGGCAGCGCCCUGGGCCUGGUGCCAGGCUGGAGCAGCUCUUACUCUUCUGGUACCACCUGGAGCACCGACAGUUCAGGGAGGACAAGCAGCUGGCUGGUCCUGAGAAACCUCACUCCCCAGAUUGACGGCUCGACUCUGCGGACGCUGUGCAUGCAACACGGCCCUCUCAUUACAUUCCACCUCAACCUGACCCAAGGAAACGCUGUCGUCCGUUACAGCUCCAAGGAGGAGGCAGCCAAAGCCCAGAAGUCCUUGCACAUGUGUGUUCUGGGCAAUACUACCAUCCUUGCUGAGUUUGCCGGGGAGGAGGAGGUGAACCGAUUCUUUGCACAAGGUCAGUCGCUGACGCCCACCACCAGCUGGCAGGCCAACCCGGGCACCAACCAGACCCGGCUGGGGAGUUCCGGGGUGUCCCAUGCCAUGGGCCACUGGAACAGCAGCGGGCUGGGGGGCGGCAAGGCCAGCAGCGACCUGCUGUGGGGGGCGGUGCCCCAGUAUUCCAGCCUGUGGGGGCCCCCCGGCGGAGAGGACGCCAGGGUGAUCGGGAGCCCGACCCCGAUCAACACGCUGCUUCCCGGAGACCUGCUGAGUGGGGAGUCCAUGUAGGAUUACAAGCAUGGAGACACAGGAGCAAAAAAACCAAGCAAAUCAUGUGGAGAUAAUCAGUAGACGUGGUGAACAAUGACAUGUUGGGAGCAUGCUCAGUCUCGUCUUGGAGUUCUAAACGGGGGCUGCAGCAAAACUUGUCUCGAGGCUGCUGAUCUUCUUCUUCUUCUUCUUCUUCUGGCUUUUUUUCGGUUUUCUUUUAUUUUUCAAAGGGGGGGGAGGGUAAAAAAGUAUUCAAACAAUUUUGAAGAAGAAGGAAGAAAGCGAUGAAUAAACGAAAGGAAAGUGAACCUUUAUUCAUGACAAUUUUCUAAUGAUUCUGACAUUCAGUGUGAAAAUCCGUGUUUUCAGGAGAAUUGAAGAAAAAAGCUGCCAUUUGACCUCCCCUGUUGGCCCCGCCCACCAUGUGACCCAUGCCCUGUAAGCCCCUCCCUCUGAAACAGCAUCAUUCCGAGCAUGCCCAGUAGGAAUGGUUCAAGUACUUUUUGUUUUUCAGCACUAAUAUUAGCCUUAAUUGCUCUCCAGCCCAGGUCCUACACAUGCUUUUUACAUAUUGAAGAAACCUGUUGAAAAAUUGCACAGUCCCAAUUCUGAGCCAGCAUAUGGAACAGAGAACAAAUCUGAACAACAACAACAACAACGUUCUAAGUAGUGGGUUGGUCUGACCUGCCGACCCCAGUAGUUGUUUUUUUCUUAAAGGGAUUUACACUGCUGUUUCACACAUUCAAGCUGUCUUUAUAUCUAUCGCAAAAUAAGCUGACAAAGGGUGGGUCUGGCUGAGCUGGUGUGUUUGUGUGUGUGUGUGCGCGUGCCUGUAGCUGUGAACCCAUAAACCACUGCUCUACCUUGCUGUAAGAAACACCUCUCGAAAACGUAUCGCUGCAGCUUGUUGGAGGACUGUUUUUUUUCUUCAUUUUUUAAAUCCGUGUCCUGGGUGAUCCCUGUCCUGAAAAUGGUCCAUCAGUUUCUUCAAACACCUUCAUCUUCAAAGCAAUGUGCAAUAUGCUUCACCAUAAGGCUCCUCCGUCCACUGUCACUUUAGAUGUUAGUCUUUGUUGUCUCUCAUCAGGACAAAGAGAAGCCUACAGAACCCCUCCACCCAAUCUGUCGCAUGGAUCUGCAUCUCGGUGUGUUAGGCAGCACGUGAAACUGAUCUGUCACACAACGCGCUGUACCUCUCCAUUGACAAUUCAGCAGUGUGCAGAUCCUCAUCUUACGGUUCGCCUCACACAGCAGAGACUGGAAAGGGGACUGUCUGCCACUCUAUCAGUAAAGGUGUUUCUUACAGUGCAGUAGACAAAGUGUGUGUGUUGUUUCUGGUACAAAAGUGUGAAAUGAAGAAAAACAUUUUCAAGAGGUGGUUUGUCAUAGCACUUACAAAGAGCAAGAAGCUCAUUCUUUGCAAUGCCAACAAAUCAGAAAAGAGUUCUGUGAAACCCAAAAGCUAAGAGGAAAAUGGAUUGAUCCAAUGGCUUCUCUCUGCUCUUUUUGUACUGUACGCGUUUUUCAAAAGACUUUUAAAGUUUUGAUUUUUUGUUUUGUCCCUCCGUUGCCUAGGGACCGAAACGGGCUUGAAAAAAAAGAUAGCAGGAUUGAAGGGAAAAGACUGAAUCUACUAUUGGGCAAAGAAAAGAGCAAUGCUUUAAGUAUAUCAAAGUAAAUAUCACUGUUACUCCAAGUUGUUUAGCCUCCUGUGGGAGAAGCUAGACGUGCAAUGUUACAUGGAAUAGCAGGGCCCCUUGCUGAGGCCCUGUGACUUGUAUAAUAGUUUGGCCAUUGAGUGCCUAUCUGCUGUGGAGCCUCUUGGUAUUCAGUGCGAUUCUGCAGCAGCACUCCCUCUCAAAGCCGUUGAGUCGCCUAUGCAUUGUUUGGCAUACUUGGACUGGACUCUUGAGACCUGCUGGAUGCAGCUGUGUUGGGGCUGGGCAGUGACGAGGACUGCACCAGUGCCCAACAAAGUGUUUUAUUUUCUCAUGUGGAGAUCACUUUAGCUUGAAGUUCAGACAUUCAGUUUUUCAGGAAUCAUCAGUGUUUUAUUUUUUGUAUUGUUUUACUCUCAUGCCCGGCGUGCUCUCAAGGCAGCUGCUUACUAGAUAUUUGCUGUGCGGAAAUGCUUAAGUAAGCAGAGCCUUUGGAAGCAGUGUGUGCAUGUAAAAUAUCAGUGGGGAGGAGGGGGGAAGGGCUUUGGGAAGGAAUUAAUGCUACAACUGUUUUUCUUUUUCUUUGGCGUUUCUGUUACCUUCAGAACACCGCUUCUGAGAACCUCCUCUUCGUGUCUUGAGGCGCCUAGGUUUUAGUUCCGGACAAGAGCGCCUCUGGGUUUUUGGGUGAAUGGGCCAGACUCCCUCCAGCAAGUGAAUCCACUGCUGCUCAGCCCCACCUGUCUCUCCUGCCUCUUUCGCACGUCACCUCUUCCCAGCAAGCUACAGGCCAAGUCAUGCGAUCAAAGAAACAGAGACAAACCUCUAAUAUAUGACUAGGUCACUCUAGUUGGUGCUUCAUGACAUUUUGAAAACAUUAAAUUUUCUUAGUCCGUGACUUUUUAGAGAAACUGACACUGACCUCUGUUUCUAUGCAAUGGUGAAAAUGUACAUACACACCGCCACCCUACAAUCCUGUGCCAAUGCCAGCUCAGGAUGGCAGCUACUGUUGCUUGGAGUGCUGUGCCCUUCUCUCUCACAGGGGUUUUUCAGUGCUCAGCGUGAUAUUGAUAUAUUGUGUACCAAAACUGGGAUAGGUAAUGAAACUGUAAAAUCACUAUUUCCGAAAUCAGGUGUUUCGCAGGUGGGGUCCUCAGUGUUUACUUGCAGAACAGUAUCUUUACAACAAUUAAAAAUAGCUAUUCUCAGGGGAGGCUUGUGAAAAAACAUAACUUUUCAGUCUCAAGAUAAAUGCAGCUUCCUGUUUUUUUUUUUUAAUGCCUGCGUUGAAUUAUAUUGAAGAAAAGCGCAAAUUUGCAACCAGCACACUAAAGCUUGGGUGAGGAGGAGUGCAGGAGGCAGGGGGCUCGGGGUACAGGCCUACCCUCGUAGAGGAAGAAGGCAGUCUUGGCCCAUUUGUUUGGAAUUCCCGGCAGUGCUUUAACUUGGGGUUUAAGAAGUGCAGCUUAAGACACUUGUCAUCUCAAAAAAAGAAGUAGAAACUUUCCUCUCGGGUCUCUAGAGGGCUUGCAAGACCUUUUGCCACCUACUGUAGGAGGGGUCUGCCCACUGGGCACAUGGUGUUGGUCCUCAUGUCCCGAUGUGACCCUGAUGUGAACAGGCUGGAGCCCCGUUCCUGCUGGCCCCAUGACUGUGUGCAAGCUUGCUAAAGCCACUGCUCCUUUCGUCCUGUUGGCUGGGCGGUGUGUUGUUUGCUGCUGAGCACUUUUAUUUACCCGUUCCUGUGGGAGGUGGCGCUGGUCAGGCCAGGAGACUGACACUAUGGGAGGAGAGGUACAAGAGGGGAGCACCUCAGCUUCAAGGGGUUUUAAGAUAAUCGUGCGUUUUAGGGGGAAGACCCUGCAAAGAGAGAAAUACACAUGGGGACUACAUGCUUAGGUGCACUGUAGUUGGGUAAUCCCGGGUACAUAUUUUUUAUACCAAAAAUUUGCAUUUAUUGUCAUUUUUCUUAGGCUUGGGGGGGAAAAAAAACCUGCUAUAUAUAUUACUAAUGAUUCAGCUCUGCACUUGUCGCUGAACUGGACUGAAGCCUUUUCUUCCCAAAGUGGCGUCUCCCCUCCACGGAGGAGAUCCCGAUGGGCUGGGAGGGGGGAGCCGAACCGUGCGCUUCGACGGAUCUGGGUUCAGCGCAGAUCCCGCUUUUAUCAGAAGGCAUUCUUAUUUCACCGAGGAGACAUUUCAAUUUGGUACAAAGUCUUAAGGGGGUGGGCGAAGGUGACCUUCCAGAGCGACACUAUAGAGAAUCACUGUUUGCCUGUGCUUGAUCCAGCCUUGGCUCCCCAGCUCGGCCGGCUGCCCCGGGAUGUUUUUAACGGAUUGUACAGCGCGCUCUUUAUCUGGGGCAGAGUUUGACGUGUUUCGGGAUUUUAAUGACUGCACCAGCACUGAGAAGCUGUUUUAGGCUCCACUUUACAAGGCGGUGGGGGUGGGAACUCCCAAAAAAAAAAAAAAUUUGUAGCACAACACGGGACAUUAAGGAUCCGAGUUCUGAGACCCUUUCCGUGCAGCUUGGGGUUCCAAGUGUAAUGUUCCCCAGUCGCUCAGUCAGGGCCGGGGGAGUGGGGUGCUGAAGGUUAUCAAGUAGCUGCAGCUGUGAGUUCUCGGAGGGCCUGGGUUCAAUAUGCACGUGCUGAUUACAAAUCUCUAUUUUUUCGACUUGUCGCGAAAUAAAAAAAAAACUCCCCACCCCCUCCCGACCUUUUUUCCUACUUUUCCCAGAAAAGAUCAUAAACAUAUCAAAACAAAACAAAAAUAUAUAUAUAUACAAAUACUUGAAUCACAAAGAAGCGCCAAUAAUGUAAUGUGAACACUUUUUUUGUAAUGAUUUUGUCUCACUCUUACACUUCCGAGCUUUCGACGACGAUACCAGUUCAAAGUGAAAUGAAAUCAGUAAAAGGCAAAAAGAUGACUUUGUAUGUGAGCGUUUGCACAAAUGUAUGUACGAGUGUGGCAAGUAAAUACUGAAGUGUGAUUUGUGAAAAUGCGAGUGUGUGUUUAAGUGUUUAACUCAUAAGUUUUAUUCAGUACGUUAGUCUUUUUUUUUUGCUCGUCAGAGAAAAAAAUAUAUAAUGAUGGAUAUUGUUGUUAUUAUUAUUAGCUUCUAACGUUGCACUGAGUGUCUGGUUCCCCUCAUUCAGCUAUUUUUCAAAAGCAGUGAGAAAGUACAGAGGGGAGAUGGUGACAAUUCAUGUGUAAAUGUUUACUCAAGGACUUAACGAGAAAAAAAUGUGUUUUUUGUUUUCUGAAUCUGUAAGAUGUUUAUCUACCUUAUAGUGGCUUUUAUUGUGGAAUAAUCCCCAAAAAGGAUUAUAAUUGAGUAUUGCCCAUUUUUUUUCUUUUUUUGUUUUAUUUUGGAUUCUAAACGGAAAAAAAAAAUCAAUAAAAAAUUAAAAAAAGAUAAAAGGAAGAAAAAAAAAGAUUUUUCAAAGACCUGUGGCCAUAGAUUUCUUUAGAAGGACAAGAGCUCUCUCUGCCUGUCCUGCCAGGACAGGGAGAGAGGAGGAAUCUGGACUCCAGAUGGAUAAUGAGACUCUUCAGAGGUGCCUACUUUUCUGUUUUUUUCGUUUGUGUGUGUUGUUUCUGUUCACAAGGCCACCUGUCGUUUACAGACAUUUCGUUUUUUCCGAAGUUCAAGGAAAAGGAAUAUAUAUUACAGGAACGUUGGAAAAACAACAAAGGACAAAUACUCUUCCAUCAAAUGAAUUUAAAAAAAAACUUUUCAGAAUGAAGAUUAUGCUACUUUCAGAACUCUGGGAUUGAUCAGUGUUGUGUUGUAUUUUACUUAUUUUCCUGUUAUUGAUGUUAUUAAUUUUAUGGACUGUCAAAGCCUGUAUGUUAUAUUUUUUUUCCUUUGUAAAAGAAGAUGGAAUUUGCUCACUAUCUUGCACACACACAAAAAAGUGGAUAAUGUCUCAGGAAAGCCAGGGUUCCAGAGUACCAACUCCACGCCAUUUUAAAUGUACAUUUUUAUGAAAAAAAAAUAAUUAAAAAAACCCAACUCCAAGCACUGAAGGUUAUGGAUUUAAAAAAGAAGAAAAAUACCUUUGUUUCUAAAUCCGUAGCAGUUACAUAUUUACCAAAUAAUGGACUCGAAAUGAACUUUAAAAAAUGGAGUGCUUUAUAUAUAAAUCUAUAUAUUAAAAUUGCUUUACAUUUUAAACAAAA